AUGGAGUUUGGUAGCGACUAUUACGUGCUCGAGACCCGCUUCGACGUCGCCCGAAGUAAAUCUAGAGAGUUCACCAUCGCAGACUGGGACCAUUUUCGCAAGCUCCGCGGCAACGAAAGCGCACCCGUCCCCGAAGACCUGGAAGACUGGUGCGAGAGAAUCAAGGAUGACGCGGAGUCGUCUACCAAGAAGAUCGUCACUGACCUGGAAGUAGAGAAGAUGGACAGCAGGCGAGCCUAUCUUAUUGAGGCCAAGCAGGCGCUGCUCCUCCGAUGGAAGAGACAAAGGUUAAACCGAAGAUUGAGGGAAAAGAUAUCCGAGCUCAACAAAGCCAUCGAAGAUCACUGUCGGACCCUCGGCAAGCAGCAAUGGGACGAGCACCAGAUCCAACCAGAGAGGCACGCUCGCCAGAGCCCUGCACGAAGGUACCAGAUCAUGUUCCGGGACGAGCUGGUAGCCAUGCUCAUGGGGAAGUACCUGCCCGUAAAGCACGGAGACGAGGAAGUCCGGUUUCCCGACUACCUCGGCCCGGCCCGUCCGGAGUUGGACGAAGACUUCACCGUGGCGGAAAUCAGGCAAGCCAUUUUUGCACUCGACGGAAAGUCUGCGCCGGGUCCCGACGGCAUCACCAACAAGAUGCUGCGAAACCAUGACGACCGUUCACUCGGAUACCUCACCGAGAAGAUCAACGGGAAGUGGAGAAACGGCAGUGUCCCAGAGAACUCGAGGACCGCCAACACCGUCUUGAUCCCCAAACCCGGCAAGGCUCCGGACGUGGACAAUCUCCGACCCAUCUCUCUCACGUACUGCGUCGGGAAGGUGGCGGAGCAUGUCGUCCUCAACAGGCUAAGCAGAUAUCUCGAAGAUAACGUCUAUACUCACAACAUGAUUGGUUUCCGUGCCGACAUCUCGACGCAGGACGCCAUGAAGAUGAUCAAAAAUCACAUCAUCGACGGCAGUACCAGGGACACCAAGUCCCUGCUCGGAGUCGACCUCGAGAAAGGGUUUGACAACGUUCUCCACGAAUACGUCCUGGCUUCCAUCGCGGACCUCGAGCUGGCCCCAGGCUGUAUAACUACGUCCGGUCGUUUCUGA